AUGGCUGCUUUUCUCGUUACGCACAGACGUGCUCUCCUCAACUCGCGUUCCUUGGUAACCAGAGUUCGCUGGGGUAGCACCGACAGCAAAGACAAAUACAGAAUUGUAGUCGUUGGCGCUGGCUCUGGUGGAUUGUCGGUAGCCAACCAAAUAUACAACAGGUUUCGGGCUGCCGGUACGCCUCUUAAUAAGGAUGAUAUUGCAAUCAUCGAUGCGGCGGAGCACCAUUUCUACCAGCCCGGAUGGACUCUCGUGGGGGCUGGGUUGAAGCAGAAAUCGGAGACUCGCAGGCCCCUCGUAUCUCUUAUUCCGGACCACCUCGUGCACAUUCCGGAGAACGUCAAGUCGUUCUCUCCGUCGUCUGCAUCUGUCACUACGGAAUCCGGGAGAUCGAUCUCUUAUGAGUCUCUGAUCAUUGCCACUGGCAUGAAGAUCAACUGGGAGAACAUCCCAGGCCUCCCAAAAGCGCUCGCGGAUCCUUCCUCUGGUGUUUCAUCAAUCUACUCUUAUGCCACCUGCGACAAAGUGUGGAGUGACAUUGACGCUUUGAGAUCUGGGAAGGCUAUUUUUACGCAACCUGCAGGCGUGAUUAAAUGUGCUGGAGCCCCCCAGAAAAUCAUGUGGAUGGCGUAUGACCGAUACCAGAAGACGGGACGUGGCGACCAGAUAUCGAUUGAUUUCUACACUGGAAUGCCGACCAUGUUUAGCGUAAAGAAGUACUCCGACGAGUUGGAGAAGCUCCGAAUUGCCCGUGGUGUCGGCGGAUUUUUCCAGCACAACCUUGUCAGCAUUGAUUCUCGAAAUCACAAGGCGACAUUCAAGAAGCCAGACGGUUCUACAGCUGAUGCCGAGUACACCUUGCUGCAUGUCUCGCCGCCCAUGGGCCCGCUUGAUGUGGUCAAGAAUUCAUCUCUUGCUGAUGAGGCAGGUUGGGUAUCAGUGGACAAGAUGACAAUGCGACAUACCAAGCCCGAGUACGGCAACGUUUGGGCAAUUGGUGACUGCUCAAGUUUACCAACGAGCAAGACUGCAGCUGCUAUCACCGCGCAGGCUCCCAUUUUGACAGAGAACCUAUUCUCUGUGAUCACCACUGGCAAGGUUGCAGAUGCCAAUUAUGAUGGAUACACCAGUUGUCCACUAUUGACUGGAUAUGGUCAAUUGAUGCUGGCUGAAUUCAAAUACGGCCUGGAGCCGAAAGAGUCCCUUGCAAACUAUUUCGGCGAUCAGUCGACACCACGGAGAUUUGCGCGCAGGAUAUUCUACCACCUCAAAAAAGAUCUCUUCCCUUGGGCAUAUUGGAAUUAUCAUAUCAAAGGUACUUGGUUCGGCUCACAUGGCUGGUUGCGUCCCAAGUUCCCCUCUAGCACCCCUUGA